AGUAGAGAGUAUCUAGGCAAGGCAACCAUAGGAGUUUUCGGUGUAGUAGCAGUGAAUCAAAUCAAACUGUCUUUUAGGCGAAGAUGGCUGAGGCACAAGGCAAAUGGGUUAAGUUGGAUCAGAAAGGAAUUGGACCUGGAGCAAGAAGCUCCCAUGCCAUAACCAUAGUUGGACAAAAGGUUUAUGCUUUCGGAGGUGAAUUCAAGCCACGUGUCCCGGUCGAUAACGAUCUGUAUGUGUUUGAUCUGAAUGAUCUAACGUGGUCUGUUGCUGGUGGAACCGGCGACAUUCCCCCUCCCCGUAUUGGUGUCACUAUGGCAGCUAUUGGCGACACCAUUUAUGUGUUUGGUGGUAGGGAUGCUACACACAAGGAGCUCAAUGAGUUAUACUCUUUUGACACUUGUGCAAACAAGUGGACCCUACUCUCUAAUGGGGACACCGGUCCCGCUCACCGGAGCUACCACUCGACCACUGCCGAUGAUCGGCGCCUGUAUGUCUUCGGUGGUUGUGGUGUCUCUGGCCGGCUUAAUGAUCUAUGGGCUUAUGAUGUUGUUGAUCAAAAGUGGCUCAAGUUUCCUGUGCCUGGGGAGAAUUGUAAAGGUAGAGGUGGAACUGGGCUUGCUGUGGCCCUAGGAAAAAUUUGGGUUGUGUAUGGUUUCUCUGGUGUUGAGCUUGAUGAUGUUCAUUAUUUUGAUCCUGUUGAUGAAAAGUGGGUCCAAGUGGAGACAAGUGGCGAAAUGCCAACAGCUCGAAGCGUAUUUUCAACAGUUGGGAUUGGAAAGUACAUAUUCAUAUAUGGUGGAGAAGUGGAUCCUAGUGAUUUAGGUCACCUUGGUGCAGGGAAAUUUACUGGGGAUGUCUAUGCAUUGGACACAGAGACAUUAGUGUGGAAACGAUGGGAGGAUGGGUCGGACUCCGGUGGUCAUCCGGGGGCUCGAGGGUGGUGCGCGUUUGCGGCCGGACAACGCGAUGGCCAAGAGGGACUGGUGGUGUAUGGUGGCAAUUCAGAUAGCAACGAUAGGCUUGAUGACAUUUUCUUUUUCACUCCUUGUGCUUGAAUGCAGAUGGAAACUGAUAUGGGUGUGAAUAUUAGUGUGAUCACUGUGUUUUAUGUAUCAGAAUGUGGAAUAUGCAGGGUUUACUUUUGUGAGGAAUGAAUAAAUUUGGCUCUUGUAAAAGUUAUGUAUUAUGGGUGAGAUUCUGAUGGGUUGAGUUGUAAAAGAUUGUUCCGAUAAAUCAACUGUAUCAUUUGGGUGUGUUAACUGAGCCGAACUUUGGCAAGUUUUGAUGUAUUCGGGCUCAACUCGUAAUUUUUAAGAUCAGUACAAUCUCAGCUCGAACUCGGAUGCCGAGCUUAAAAUUUUGUUAAGGC